GGAAGAAGAAGAGGAAGAGGAGAGGCGGCUUUGUGAUGGGAAGGCAUUCCUGGGACCGAGUCGCCUUCUUCGCAGGCAGCCUUCGAAACAAGAAUUUGGGCUUGGCGACAGGGAGGGUCCUGCCGGACCUGGAAAACUCCACAAACUCGCGUCUUCUCCCCACCCGCCCCGCUGCCCUUGCUGCUCUCAUCCAGUCAGAAAUAAUGAUGUUGGUCAGCCAAGCUUAUCUCCUCUCUGGAGGCCAUCUGACUUUGCCAUUAAGAAUAAAAGUGCAUCGUUUGCCUGAUCAUGGACAAUUUGGACAAGUUACAUUUGGAAAAGUGGCACGCUCACUCCCGGCCUCGAAGUUCUAGUCGCGAGAGCCUGGUUUCGGUAAAGUCUGAUAAGUGCACGUAAAGGAUUAAGUUCAAAAAGGAAGAGAGAGAAAACGGUUACAACACAGCUGAGAAUGACUCAGUACAACUGGUCUGCACAAUGGACUUUCCAGAGCAUGUCAAACAUGUCUCUCAACAGCAGCGAAAUACCAGAGGAAUGGGAUGAGGGAACUAUACUGGGACUAAAAGUUUCUCUUGCCAUCAUCUUGGCUUUCAUCACUUUGGCAACAAUGCUGUUCAACAUGUUUGUAAUCAUUACAAUUAUCCUUACCAGAAAGCUCCACACCCCUGCAAAUUACCUCAUUGGCUCCUUGGCUGCCACAGACCUGUUAGUGUCUGUCCUCGUCAUGCCGAUCAGCAUCGCUUACACCGUCAGCCACAUCUGGACCUUUGGCCAGAUCAUGUGCGAUAUCUGGUUAUCCUCAGACAUCACCUGCUGCACAGCUUCCAUUCUGCACCUUUGUGUUAUUGCCUUGGAUAGAUACUGGGCCAUCACAGAUGCUUUGGAGUACACCAAACGCCGGACUGCGAGCCGAGCAGCCCUCAUGAUAGCCAUUGUUUGGGUUAUUUCCAUUUGUAUCUCCAUGCCGCCCCUUUUCUGGAGGCAAGCCAAGGCUCAUGAGGAACUGGCAUCCUGCACCGUGAACACAGAUCAAAUAUCCUACACUGUCUACUCUACCUGUGGCGCCUUCUAUAUCCCUUCACUGUUGCUCAUUAUCUUGUACGGUAGGAUUUAUGUGGCUGCCCGAUCUCGGAUCCUGAAGCCGCCAUCCCUCUAUGGAAAGCGGUUCGCCACAGCCCACCUCAUCACUGGUUCAGCAGGCUCUUCUCUCUGCUCCAUUAGCUCAAGCCUUCACGAAGGGCCUUCUCAUUCCAGCAGUUUUCCAAUGCUGAUCAACCAUGUCAAAAUCAAAGUCAACAAUAGUGUCCUAGAGAGGAAACGGAUUUCUGCAGCUCGAGAGAGGAAGGCCACAAAAACGCUGGGAAUUAUUUUAGGGGCAUUCAUUGUCUGCUGGCUACCAUUCUUUGUGGUGUCUUUGUUAAUGCCCAUCUGUCAGGAUGCCUGUUGGACACAUCCUGUCCUGUAUGACAUCUUCACAUGGCUAGGUUACUUGAACUCCCUCAUCAACCCUGUGAUCUACACUGCUUUUAAUGAAGACUUCAAGCAGGCGUUUCAGAAAAUGAUACGAUUCAAAAGAUGUUCCUAGCCAUCUGUUUUUUCCCCCAAAGCAUUCAGUAUAUAAGAUUCAGUUUACCUGUGAUUCCUGUGCAUUCAAUGAUAAAUUGUUGCCCUCAUAGUCCCCUGGGCUGUGUUCAGACAAUGAUAUCUCAGUGUAUUAAAUUAAAAUACUAAUGAAACUUUGGGCUGCACAAGCAACACUGUGCUUCACAGGAGUGCACAAACAAGAUCAGGAUUUUUUAAAAAACAUUACCUAUAGUUUCUUGUUUCCUUCAAUAAUGGUUAACCACUUCAGCACAAGCCAGUAUAUGAAACCAAGGUUUGAGAUAUAGCUUGAUGUCCCGUCUCGUUCCACAGCUGUUAAUCGCAGUUGUCCGUAGAAAUGUGAAAAUCUGUCAGUCUCACUUUUGUUGUGUUUCUCAGAAUAAUGCAAGCAUUUCUUGUCCCAUCCAACUUGUGUAUUAGAUUGCAAAACAUUUUCCUUUGCAAUACAGAAAUGUAUUGCGUUGUUACACACAUAUUUUCACAUUUUCUUCACUGACUACAACAUGACCGAGUACAUCUUUUAAAUAUGCACAUUUUUAGUACUGUGUAUUUUUCAAAUGUAAGUGUUGCAUUGUGUGCAUUUUGUGUGUGUUCAUAUGCCUUAGAAAUGUUUGCGUUUCCAAAGCAAUAUGUGCUUUUUUCAAGUGUCAGUCUUGGGAGAUGAAAAAUGUAUAUUUUCUUAUGGACACGUAAACUCCAUAAAUGUCUUUUCCCAUCUGUAGCUGCCCAGGUCAAAUGAAAUGGGGAAUCUGUAGUUUAUUUAAAGUUCCAGACUCAUUGGCUCAUUGAAGAUGGAAGCGAAGGAAUCAUGACUUAAACAAGUGUUUUGCAGUACGUGACUUUUUUGCUGGCCUUUUUUUUGGCUCUUUGAGAUUAUGAAUGCCUCUUAAGAGGUGCUGGUAUAUAAAGUGAUCUUGAUUAUCUGCAAAUCAGGAGUUGGCAGGAGAACUGGAACAAAUGGCUUGAAAUGAAUAAUGAAGAAGCAGAUUCAUUAUUUACUGGUAGUAUGAUAACAAUAUUCUAAUUUUUAUUUUAUUGUAAAUUAUACAGGAGCAGAAAAGUUUCAGUUCGCAUUCCCCUCCCAUGUAGAGCCUGGGGUUGGUAAUGACAGUCUAAUGCCCAGGGUUUAUUUGUGUGUUUUAAGGAUUGCAGAACAAGUUGUAUGAAGCACUUCGAGCCUUGGAGAAAAUUGCCACAUAGUUCCUAAAUGGUAGUAUUGAGUUGGAGCCAGACUUGAUAAAUCAAUGGAACUUCAGGCAUCCCCCUCAACAUUAAACCUCGCUGAGUGCCACAGGUCUGUUCUAAGGAGCAAUUUAUAUUUCUGUGGGUCCCUCGUUGUAGUUACAGCAGUUCUGUGAAAUACACAGAACCUGUGGGCAGCACUGGGCUUCCUUAAAAUUCCUUUCAGCUCUACUCAGGUCAGGCAAUGGGGAGGAAUUAUGGGAGUUGCUGUUUAAAAAAUAUUGAGGUGGGCACAGUCCACCAAUCCAAUGCAGGAAAUCCACUAUGGAUAGAAAGAGAUGAAAAGGAUGUACUACAUGCUAUCUCUCACAGUUACGUAGUUCUCAUCAAUAUCAUCAGUUCUCUUUUAGAUCUGGAUGUUUGCCAAAUGUUUCAUGUAAUAGGAGAGUGCAGUUUGAAGUGAUUUUUCUGCAUUUUCUCAUGUCAGAUGAACUACGAUUGAAACCCAGUAUCUCAGCAAAAUAAACAGCAUGAGAAAUUAUUUUAACUAUGUGUUUUGUUUCUCAUUUCAGUGCCUUUAUU